AUGGCAACUACUGCCAUUGACCCCGAUACCAAUGGCGAUAAUGCGAACGAGACCUCCCUCCUCCUCCCGAGAGAUAGCCUCCCCCAAAUCCCCGCCACAUCCUCGUUCGUCCACCCCACACAUUCUAUCAAUGCGAUCAUAGGCAUCCUAUUCACUAUUGUAUUUGUACUUGCCUUUGGGUCGACAAUGAUGGCAGUACCUGCCAUGCGAUUAGCUGAGAAUAUCAUCUGCCACCAUCAUUAUAACCAAAUUCAAGGGCCAGGACAUAUUGGGUUCGGAGAGACCAUUGAUGAAGGGCUGUGUAAAGGAGACGAAGUGCAGAAGGAAUUGAAUGUUAUAUUUUCAGUGAUACCCGUGCUGGAGGCGAUACCAUCGCUGGUGACUAUCUUUCUCUAUGGGCUGCUAGCCGAUCGGAUUGGCCGCAAACCUGUCAUUAUCUUAUCACUUGUCGGAUUGCUUCUGAACGCGUGCUGGGACAUUAUGGUUAUGUGGUUUUGGAAAACUUUACCUUUACGUGCCAUAUGGGCUGAUGUUAUCUUUACUUUUAUUGGCGGCGGGGAUUCUGUAUCUUUGAUGGUAUUUUAUGCCACCAUAAGCGAUAUAACUACCGAAGAAAACAGGUCCAACAUAUUCCUACUCGGCGCCUGCUCUGGUCUUCUUGCUGAACUCGUUGGUCCGUCUGUAGCAUCGACACUCAUGACGAAGUCGCCAUGGCUUCCCUUUUUACUAGGCCCUGUCAUCAUACUGUUCGGCACCUUGAUGAUUUUGUUUGUUCCUGAAACUUUACACCUACGCCCUCGAGUCAGAGAGUCCCUUACGGUUACAAUGCUCUCGACUGCCAAAUUCGAUAACUCGACAUUCUUUAGAGCUGUCAGAUCACAAGCUUUGAACAGGCUGAAAGAGCUCUGGGGAUCUAUGGCAGUAUUACAAUCGUUACCUAUUUUCCUGCUUCUGCUUGCCUUCAUCAGCCCUCCAUUUGGACUUCUGUCGAUAAAUCUCUGCCUCCGUUAUAUAUCAAGACGCUUCGGUUGGACACUCAGUGACGCUGGAUUCCUCCUCAGUCUCCGAGCCUUCGUCAACAUCAUCCUCCUACUCAUCAUUAUCCCUAUAUUCUCGCAUAUACUUGUCAAACGAUUCCAUCUUUCCCCUUAG